AAAUGUUCAAUUCUUGACCCUGAUGGUUGUCGAGAUUUCCCAUCUAAUGAGUACGAUGACUGUCUUGAAGAUGGUUUUUGUGAAGAAUGGAGUGCUGCUAAUACAGAUAUGAUAUUUGCAAGCAUUGUUGGUGGUGUAACAUUUUUUUAUUUACUCUAUGUAUUAUUUGUUGGUGGUAGCAUCGGUAGAGAUCUCAAACGAAAUGGUUGGAAAUAUAUUUCUGGUGCUAUUUUUAUUACAUCUUUACUUCAACUUUCAACUGUUUCUUUAAUCGCACAUCUUUACAACACAUCGGAUAGAUUUUAUUAUGGUGUCAAAUUUGAUAUUUGUUUUAUGCUUGCAACCGUUACUGCCGUUCUCAAUUUCGUUCUCGCUUGCGUAUUAUUUUAUGUUGGUCGGAUUACAGUUGAUGAAUAUAUGCCCAUAUUAAACUCUUAA